UUACCUGCCGCUUCCCCGCCGCCUGUGCACCUGGCCGCCCGGGACCUCGCCGGCGAGGAGGACGCCGCAGAGUUGGGAGCCGGCGCGCAACCUCCCGGUUCCCGUCUCCCCGCAGAACGCGGGGACGCCUUGGCCACUGCGCUCCGAUCGUUCCCGGCGGGCAGCCAGCCGGGGAGAGGCGAGGAGACCCCGGUUCUCGUUACGGAAGCGGACAGCGCGCCGAGCAGAGUUCGAAGAUGCCCCGCGCGUUCUUGGUGAAGAAGACGUGCGUCUCCACGUGCAAGAGGAACUGGAGCGAGCUCCCGGACGAGGAGCGCGGCGAGAUCUACGUGCCAGUCAGCCUGGGCUUCUGCCCACCGCAGCCCUACCGGGAGCCAGAGCCAUCGGUGGCUGAACCCCCUGCCUGCUCCCUGGCUUUGGACAUGAGCCUUCGGGACCCUAGCUACAGUGUGGCUCCUGCACCCUGCGUGGUGGCCCAGCUGCCCUCUGAGGAUGUGAGCCACCUACCAGAUGCCCAGAGCAGAGACCACGGCUUCCUGCGCACCAAGAUGAAGGUGACACUGGGGGACGGUCCCGGUGGAGACCUCUUCACCUGCCACAUCUGCCGGAAGGCCUUCACCUACCAGCGCAUGCUCAAUCGCCACAUGAAGUGUCACAAUGACGUCAAGAGGCACCUGUGCACGUACUGCGGGAAGGGCUUCAAUGACACCUUCGACCUCAAGAGACAUGUUCGCACUCACACUGGCGUGCGCCCCUACAAGUGCAGCCUGUGCGACAAGGCCUUCACGCAGCGCUGCUCCCUGGAGUCCCACCUCAAGAAGAUCCACGGGGUGCAGCAGAAGUACGCCUACAAGGAGCGCCGGGCCAAGCUGUACGUGUGCGAGGAGUGCGGCUGCACGUCCGAGAGCCAGGAGGGCCACGUCCUGCACCUGAAGGAGCACCACCCCGACAGCCCGCUGCUGCGUAAGACCUCCAAGAAGGUGGCCGUGGCCCUGCAGAACACUGUCACCUCCCUGCUGCAGAACGACCCCCGCUUGUGAGCGGC